AUGGCCGCCGGCCCCGCCCUGGGUACAAUGCUGUCAGGACACUACGCCUCCGUCGCCUCCAUGGCCUUCCAUCGCAGAGAGGUGCUCGUAACCGUGGGCGCAGACUCCUGGGUGCACCACUACUGCAUGCAUUCCGACACGUGCUUGUUCCGAUUCCUGUGUUCUCCGCCGCCCACGCCUCCUCCGGCGACGGCCGUCGUUGCAUCGCAGGCGCUGCCCCUGGCGGUGUCGUUGGACGCGGCGGGCGGGCUCAAGCUGCUGGACGUGCGCCGGGGCCACAAGAUCGCGCAGCUGCUGAGCGUCGACGGCGCGGAGGGCGACCCGGCAGCCUGGCCCUGCGUGGCGCAGCCGCGGCAGGUGUUCUGCAGCUCGGCGGGCUUCCUCGCGCUGUGCGAGCCCUCGCUGCCGCCAGACGCGGAGGCCGCGGCAGAGGCCGAGGCUGCCAGGGGCGACGAGGCUGCCAAGGGCGAGGAGAAGUGCGCGCUGGCCUUCUUCGACCAGUCGUCGCUGCUGAAGGGCCUGUUCCCCGGCCUGGCUGCCAGGGUGGGCGCGGAGAGCGACGAGGCGCUCCUGGCCCAGCUCUUCAGCAGCUUCUCGGCGGACGAGCUGCACACCAGGCACGACCCGCCGGCGACCCACGGCGGGCCGAGCCUGCGGCCGCCGGGGGGCGACGCCAUCCAGCAGAGGGCCUCCACCAAUGCGGGCUCCUCGCGCGGGCCCUCGCGGUCUCCCACGAGGUCGCGCGCGGGCGCCGAGCCGGACGUGGUGAAGACGGCCUCGGGUGCCUCCGCGGACUCGCGGGGGUCCUCCCAGCGCCCGCGUUUCGACAGCGCCGCGGCCGCCCCGCUGCUGACCGCGGAGAACCUGCGCAGCAUUGGCCGUGGCUCGGUGAGGACGCGCGACUCCGCGACGCUGUCGAGGGCGCUGACGGCGAGCAGCUCGUACCUGACCUCCGGCCAGGACGACGCCGCGCGGUUCCUGCUCUUCGCGCUGGACGAGGGCCACGCGCACCCCGAGGAUUGGCAGGCCCCAGUGCUGCGGUGCCUCCGGGGCGGCCUGGCGGACAGGGAGCGGCGCCAGAAGCGGAUGGCGAAAAGGAUGGAACAGCUGAAAAAGGAGGUCGCUGGCUCCUGA